CUGGCACUGAGCGCACUUCACUAGGCGAGAAAGAGAUUAUCACUGUUGUUUUUUUCGUUUUCUUGCUUGCGGCAAGCAAAGCAAAGCUAAGCUAAGCCAGCCGAACAAUGGAGAAGGCCGCUGGAUUCCUCUCCUCCCUCCUCGGCGGCGGCGAGGAGGUGCCGCCAGAGCCGGCGGCGACGGUGAGGUCGAUCCUGAUAUACCCCAUCAAGUCAUGCAGGGGAAUCUCCGUGCCCCAGGCCCCAAUCACCUCCACUGGGUUCCGGUGGGAUCGGCAGUGGGUGGUGGUGAACUCCAAGGGGAGGGCCUACACGCAGAGGGUGGAGCCCAAGCUCGCGCUGGUGGAGGUGGAGAUGCCGCCGGAGGCAUUCGCCGAGGAGUGGCGGCCGACCGCCGAUUCCUACUUGGUUGGAAGAGCACCUGGAAUGGACCCAUUGAAGAUCCCUCUCAGUGCUGAACAAGCCAUAAUUAAUGAUGUCUCUGUAUGGGAGUGGUCUGGUUCUGCUUAUGAUGAAGGAGCUGAGGCGGCCGAGUGGUUUUCCAGUUACUUCGGGAACCCAAGUCGUCUAGUGCGUUUCAAAGAAGGGUCGGAAAUCAGACCAACUAAUCCUGACUAUGCUCAAGGCUACAAAAUUAUGUUUACAGAUUGCUUCCCGUUUCUGAUGGCCUCCCAGGGUUCAUUGGAUGCACUAAAUGAGGUUCUGAAAGAACCUGUACCGAUGAACCGCUUCAGGCCAAACAUUUUGGUGGAUGGAUGCCACCCAUACUCAGAGGAUCUAUGGAAAACCAUAAAAAUAAACAAGUUAACAUUUCAGGGUGUCAAGUUAUGCAACCGCUGCAAGGUGCCUACCAUUAACCAAGAAAAUGGGAUACUUGGCACUGAACCAACAGAAACUCUACUGACAUUCCGGUCCGAUGAAGUUCUACGUCCAAGCCACAAAAACAAACGGCAGGUCUACUUUGGGCAAAAUUUAGUCUGCAAGGAAUCUCUGUCUGCAAAGGGCAAAGGAAGGAUCAUCAAGGUCAGCGAUCCGGUUUAUGUUCUUGAGAGAUUCCCUUCUUCCGAUGAAGCUCCAGCAUGAGCAAAGGACAUACUGGCAGCUGUUCAGAGACCUAGUAGUACUGUAGAAUGCUGAAUUUCUCGGCAUCAUUGUAAAUUUUAUGCUGCAACAAGGCUUGAGAAAAUGUGUUUUAUUAUGUGGCAGAAUAAACAGUACCAUCUGGCACUGAAAACUGUUGCUCAUACAAUUGAUAUUCAGUGAUCAUAGUUAUUCCUAAUAUAGCAAAUUGCAUAUUA